UACCUCUGUUAGUUUACACAGCUCUUACACUCCCUGCAGGAACUAGGCUAAAGUGGCAGUCUCAGUGUUGGUGUAUGACAGUGCUCUCUUUUUUUUUUUACCUUUUUUUAGUGGCUUUAUAUGUGAAGAUUUUUAUCGUCAAAGUUGCAAAAGCAGUGAAGGAUAGCGAGAGGUGUUAUUUGAACCAGUUCGCCAAGACUUUAGCUAUUUUAAACCGUAUUCAAGAGGCAGCAUCUUUGAAACCAACUCAUCACUGUGUGAACAAGUUGUUCGCAAAAAUGAAUCGCCACAACUUUGAAAGCGCUGGUUCUUUUAAAGAGGCCCUCUGUAACAACAGCUACGUUCCAUCAACAGUCGAAUAUAUGCAAGGCUUAGGAGUGUACGGCCUAUGGCUCUUGAUCAUUGGUGGCAUCAGCACAUUGUUGCUUUUCUCUGUCUUCUUGGAACAAGUCUUCUUUUCUCAAAGAGGCGUCCACAGAGUUUUCAGAAGACACAUAUACUGGAUUGCUUCAGUCUACCCGUUUAUGACAUUCAUGAGCUUGGCAUCUGUGAUAAUACCAAGGGCACACAAUAUAUGCACGAGCGUCAAGACAACGUACAUGGCAAUCGGAAUAGGUCAUUUUACCGACCUUACGGUCCUAAUGUACGGGAGCGAGGAGGUGAUACUGGCCACGAUGUCUGACCAUAGACUUGACAUACAAUUAAGUCCACUCUGUUGCUGUUGCUGCUGCUUGCCGUCGCCUAAAAUUACAAAAAUGUCUCUCCGCAUGACGAUAUUCCUCUGUGAUCAACUCGCAUUCGCCCAAGCAUUCUACUACAUUAGUCUGCUGAUCCUCGUAACUGGAAACAACAUUGUACUGGGCGAUGUUUCUCCGGGUAGUCCUUACCUGUGGCUUUCGUUAAUGAAUAUGGUCUCCUUCAUGAGUGGCGUUUGGGGUCUGCGAAUCUUGGCGAAGAUGUCGAACGAUCACCUCAAGCAUUAUAAUUACAAUAACAAAGCAUUCUCCAUGAAGACUCUAAUUUUGGUGACAAACUUCCAGACCUUCAUCCUUCAGAUACUGGGGAAUUAUAAUGUCUUCCCCUGUAUUCCACCCUAUAUUUCGCCUCAGGUUUUCAGACAGACUGUGGAAAACUCAUUAUAUUUCCUUGAAAUGCUCGUCCUUGGCUGCUAUACAUACUACCAGUACCACAACCAUGAGUUCCUGAUGCCGAACCCCACCGAAGUCGUGGCAGACGAGAGACAUCAGCGAAGCGCAACCGUUAGCACAUGCAUCAGCGCUACCACAGAAUGCACUGAGAUUGGACAGUGUGACGCCAACCAGCUGCCAGUGAUAGUCGAAGAGCCCUUGAGAACUGUGACCCCUGGUGUCCUCGAGUCUGAAAUACUUUUCUGCCCGGAAAAGCCUGAUGAUAGCUGUACCAGGUCUCCUUCUAACCCUAACCGGCAAAUGAAUAACAACUGCCAGUAUAUUCAGUUAACAAGUGAAAACCGUACUUUGGACAGUGAGCUUAAUUCACACUCAUCUACUUCAGCAGUCUGAUUAUUUUUAUGAAUAGCGAUGAAUAUGGUGAAUGGCCCGAAAAAGUUCUUUUAAAAUAUAAGUGGACAAAAGUUCCGCUCGAGAGAAUGAUUUUCCUCAUUCUAUAAUUUUACGACAGGAACUUUUCGAAAACAUGUUUUUUUUUACCUUUUUCUUCCCUCUCUCAGCUGAUUUCCGCCCAGAGACACCUCAUGAAGAAAUGCCAGUCUUUUAACAAAAUUUAUUUAAGAGACUAAAAUCCUCAUCAACGGAUCCCUUGCAUACACCAUAUUUUUAGUGAGAUUUAACCAGAGUUCAGAGUAAGCAUAAACAAAAAUCUAAUAAAGGAAGUUAGAUAUGAAUUUCCUAUCUCUCCCUCCUCCAGUUAGGAAGGUGAUAUUUUUCCCUUAAGAGUUAAAGGGAGCAAAUCCUAUCCAAAUGGUAAGCUCUGCUUUAAUACUGCCAUAGUUAAUUUUCAUUCAGUCACGAUUUCUUUUUUAUUUAGUCUAUCAAAUCCGAUGAAGAUGUAUUAGUGUCCUGAACUUAUGAAAUGAAAAAGAAUUGAAGCUGAUAAACAUAUACCAUUUCCCGAGUGCUAGUGUAAAAAAUAGAAUAAAAUAAAAUAAAUCAAACAA